AUGUCAGACGAUUUUCUUUCUAAAAAAGCCUCACGAUACUGUUGGAUGCCUCCUAUUCCACAAUCAUAUUCGAAUGCUAACGACUCUAGCCAGAGUCGGCAGCACGUAAUUUUGAACCAGCAACGAUCUCAAGGCUCAUAUCCUGUUUUGGUUCAGAACAAUUAUAAUUACACAUUAUCUAAUCCAGGGCCAAAUUCUUCAGAUUCUAAGAAUCUAAUGCAUACCCCAACAGCAUCCAUACCAAGCUCUCAAUAUCAGCAAGAAUUUCGCUUACAGUCUGUAGGCUUUAAUAAUGAGGAACCGAGAAGUGCCUUUAAGGGAACUAGGAAGGAUGAGUUUCCACACAUGAAGUCCAGCGGAGAACAUUUAAAUCCAUAUUCAUUGAAUCCUCCGAUGUCUAUAGACGAGAUUAAACAAAUCAAUGAACAUAAUAGAAGAGUGCAAAUUGAACUCGCGUUAAAAAAAGAAGGCUUCAAUGGCCAACUACCUACUGAUGAAAGCAUCUCCAAUACCAUCAGCCCCGGAAGCUCGCUUCCGACUAAAGGCCAUCCCGUCUCUUCAGUAUCUGAGUAUUAUGACGAAGACGGGAAGAGGCGAACCAAAAGGUUGAAGUUCAAGAAGCAAAAGGGAACUCUUCCAUUGUUAGUACCGUUGCCGAAUGACGUUCCAUUGUUGCCUGAGGGAAACAAUCACACAACUAAGAGAGAGAAUAAAGACCGGGAAAACAAUCGUGAGUUUGACCACCUUCCACCUAUUAACAAAUUCUACUUACAUAGACAGGGACCUCCAACCACUUCAAAUCCCGUUUCCCGCCCACUCAUGGCUCAACAACUUUCCAACCCUUUUCCUUCUAUACGGUAUCCUCCAUCACAACGACCAGAAUAUCCACAACAACCCAUCCCAUUUCCAGCCUCAAUGCAAGCUCGGGAUCAACCCUUAUUUGAGGUACAACCUCCAGAUCAGCGGUUGGUAUAUAUGAACUACUGCUACCCUCCCAUUUUUCACCCACAAGUGCGACCUGAGUUACAAGCAACUACUCUUACCAACGGAGAAAAAGUGAGCAUAAUGCCGAAUCACUACCAUCCGGCAUCAUUUUCUAAUGAACAAAUAUAUGGCCCUGUCUUACCCCAAUUACAGUUUAUGCCGAAUCAGAUAGAUUCACAAACACAACCAAAUAAUAUUCUUCACCUACCUUCCAAACAUGACGUCCCAGAUGGAAGUCAAGCGGAGACAUUGAGAAUUUCAAGAUUUACCAGAGGAUUCGAAGAGUUUCAAGAACAACCAUUACAGGGCAAUCGAAAUCACCUCACUCAACUGUACUCAGAGAAUGACGAAGCACUGGGUAUUAAUUUACUUGCUUCAUUGAAGCUGAACUUGAGUGUAGAUGAUUUGAACGCCUACCUUGCUGCGUUAGGCAUUAGUAGCUUAAUGAAGGCAAGAGAAUUAUCUUACCAAGAGAAAGUACAGCAACUAGAAGAAGAAGAAAGACUGAAAGAGAAGCAAUGGAGUAGAAUUGAGCAGACAUUAGAAGAGUUUUGCCAGCCGGAAAAGAGAAUGCAUAUCAAAGGUUUAUGUGACCAAUUAUUUCAUGUAGAAAAUCCUGUCAAACGAAAGUUUAAUAGGGUACUUCUUUCAAAGGCAAACAAUUUGGCUGACUUCGUCUGUGGCAGAGCAGGUAACUCUACUAAAGCGUUCAAAGAUCUGAAGAGAAAGUUCCAGGAUAUGGAAGAUCAUAACACAUUCCCACCCAAUAUGCUUUUACAAAAAUUUUAUGAGUCUUACAAAUUCACUCUGUGGCAAGGUGAACUACCGGACGAUGUAAGCCCAUUGAAGAAUGGGAAAAGUGGGAACAAAUUGAUCGUGGAUAAUGACUUGAGGUCUAGUGAAAAUUCAGAAAAAUACUUCUUUAGUCCUGAUUACGGACAUUUACUAGAAAACGUACCCUUUGAAUUAGUAAAUGCGUCUUCAACAAACAUAAAUAGGAGGCGAAAGGUUCUGGAACUGAAUGUUCAAAACCUGGCCAAGUAUGAGCUUGAACAUACCAAUGAACUGAAGGAAAGAAGCAUACUUUCCCUGCAGGAUCAAAUAAAAAAACUGUUGGAGCCUCUAGACCUCAAACAACAGUUGAUAGGUAAAAACUCAACCGAAAACCAAGAGUUUCAGACAAGGCUAAAUGAUCUUACUGAAAGAAGGGAUUAUGAACUGAUCCGUUCAAUGAACUAUAAUCAGUACAGAGUGUCAAAGCUCAUGAGCCACUAUUAUAAUAGAACAAAAGAUCUGUAUCAGGAAAUGGUAGAAUUGGCAAAUCUACGACUCUUUAGAUUAAAGCAUUUUUUGUUAUGUCAAAAGAAACUGCUUGAGAGAGGGAAGAUUGACCGUGAUUUUUUGUUCGAUAUCUCUUCGGCGAAGGGCGUCAAACUAUGGGAUCAUUUUGCAAAAUGGUCAUCAAUAGUUGAUGCUACCACUCCUAGUUCAAACAGUCGUGAGGUUACACCCGAUGCAACAAAAUCAGAACCAAAUGAGCCAUUAGAGUCUCAGAAUAAUACCGAUAGUGAUUCAACAGAUGCUAGUACAAAUACUAGCGUUACAGUUAAAAAACAGGGUGCCAAAAAAGGCCGAAAAGUACGCAACAAAUCCGUCAACCACUCCUUUGACGAGUUUUCGCCAAUAAUCACAGACCAGGAGUUUUUCAUGUUAACAAACAAUAAUUCCAAGUAUUACGAAAAAUACGUACUAAGAUGCAAUUUCAAAGAUAAAGAAGUUGAAGAUGUUGAAAGACAGGUUGCACUGAAAAUUGCUGAUUCCCUGCGGGAUAGCAAAUCAAACUUGAGUCGGCAAGGACGUCCUUCCAGAAACUCAACAAUUGAAGGUUGUGGGCUAUCGCACAAUAGAAAUAGUAACCCUUCUAGAGCAGUUAGAGACAGCAAUGCAAGGGAAACGUUAGAAGCUGAGUUCCCAAGAAAAACAUACCCACAAUUUCCAGAAUUCACAGGUGAAGUGAGAAGCAAGGAACUGGGCCAUACUCAAUCAACAAUUGACCUUUACUUCUCACACUAUAGGACUUCAUCUGGAAAACACAGUGAGGCCCAACAAAUGAACAGAAUAUUCAAACACUACAGACCACCCUAUGGACUUGAGGCAGAGGUUAUUAGUGAGGAUCUCAGAAAGAUGGGAAUAAACCCAGUAGGCAAAUAG